CUCGAAGCUGUUGUUCACUCACACACUAUCACUCUCUGUUUACUUGACUCUGCUCAACUACACUUGACCUGUACCUCUUCCCAUCACUCAGCUUCAACCGCUCUGCUACAGCCCCGCCGUCGCCAUGACUGAACCCACCGGCGCCGCCCGCGACGAAGCUAUCUCGGACUUCUGCAGCGUCACUGGUGUCGGUCCCGACCAGGCCCAAGGAGCCCUCCAAGCCGCCGAUUGGGAUGUCGCUAGCGCCAUCACUCUCUUCUAUUCCCAAGACGAGGCUACCUCUGCGUCUCCCGCCGAACCCGCCGUCCCUGCAGACUACACCGGCCCUCGCACCCUCAGCGGAGCUCCUGCACCCCAGGCCGCUGCUUCGUCGUCGCGCUCUUCUGGCGCCGGACAGGCCCCGAGGCGCGCCGGUGCGGGGGGCUUGAGGACCCUCAAGGACGUCCAGAACGAGAGCGCAGCACAAGGACACGGACAUGACCACGACGAUGACGACUCGGAUGAGGAGCAGGACUUCUUCGCUGGUGGCGAGAAGUCGGGCCUCGCGGUCCAGAACCCCAACACUGGCGGCAACAACUCUCGCGGCAACAGCUCUCGCAGCACCAACGCCCGCGACUUCACCGACCAGAUCAUUGACCGUGCUAGGAGGAACGCUCCCCGCCCUGGCGGCGGCGACGACGACGAGCAGCCCCGCUCCCGCUUCAGCGGCCAAGGCCAGACGCUCGGCGGCGACGACGCGCCCUCGCGCGUCAUUCCGGACCCGGGCGCCAACCAGCCACGGCGCCAAGAGCGCGUGCGCCGCGUCAUGCACCUGUGGCGCGACGGGUUCAGCAUCGACGAGGGCCGCCUCUACCGCUACGACGACCCCGCCAACGCCGGCCUCCUCGAAAUGAUCAACCAAGGCCGCGCGCCCCUCGACAUCCUCAACGUCGAGCAGAACCAGGAAGUCGACCUCGAGGUCCACCCCCACAAGGACGAGGACUACGUCCAGCCCAAGCCCAAGUACAAGCCGUUCAGCGGCCAAGGCCAGCGUCUGGGCAGCCCGACGCCUGGCGCAAGCAGCAGCGCUUCGGCCGCGGCCCCAGCGGCAGCGGCAUCGGCGCAGUCGGCUUCGUCUUCGUCUGCCACGCCUGCGGCGGCCCAAGUCCAGGUCGACGACGCGCAGCCCACGCUGCUGAUGCAGAUCCGCCUGGGCGACGGCACGCGCCUGCAGUCGCGCUUCAACACGACGCACACGGUGGGCGACCUGUACGGCUUCGUGGACGCGUCGAGCCCGGCCAGCCGGCAGCGCGAGUAUGCCCUCAUGACGACGUUUCCGAGCAAGGAGCUCAACGAGCGCGCGCAGGUGCUGGGCGACAUGGCCGAGUUUAAGCGCGGCGGCGUCGUGGUCCAGAAGUGGAAAUAGGGAGGUAGAGGGGUGCUUGCUUGGUGUGCUUGCACGCACGCACGUACGUGGGGGAGGGAGUGGGGAUGUGUGCAUGGUUAUGCCCUCCUUCCCUAAUGGCUAGGUAGGGUGCGGGUGAAGGGUGGCGGGUUGCUUUCUUCGUAAGUGCGUGCGUGCGUGCGUGCUUCUUACGUGGUCUCUUCUCUGUGCACAUGCACACAUACACGCAUGCUCGCUAGCGGUACCAACGAAACGAUACUAGCAGGUACCUGUUCAUGCGGACGGAAGACUGGCUUAAUGCCUUGCUUGCUUGCUUGCUGGCUUUCUUGCCACGUGCUUGCGUCGAGAAGGAAUAGUAGCGAGACUCGAGACGGGAUGUCAAAUGCUAGACUGUGCAGCGUGGCC